CAAAAAAGAAACUCCGCGAUAGUUCAUACUCGCAAGCGUUAAAGUAAGAAGAAGGUAGCUAGGUAGGCUAAUGUGUAGCUUUAAUCGGCGGACGUGCGCACUUUUCCACACUUCAGAUGGCUGUACGCUGGCUAUGCAGCCUGUUUGGCAAGCCCUUUGAUGGGGGGAAGAGGAUGGACCAUGGCAGCCCUGGGCAGCAGCAGCAACAUCAUCUGGUGGAACAGCAGCAGCAGAUGUAUCAGCCGCAGCACCCUGCUAUGAUGCAUCUGGUUGAGAUCCAGAAAGAAGUGGCCUCUUUAGGACCUCAGGUGUGGACUUUCAGUGGCCUGCAGAAUGACCGUGAGUACAAGCGCCUUGAGCGUGAGCUCACGCGACUGCUGCUGGAGGUGGAUCAGGUGGACACAGAGGGCAAACCAGAUCUGCAAGGAGCACGAAAGCAUGCAGCGCAAGAAGUGGAUCGCCUCCUGCGCUACAUGGAGGACAACGCCACCCACCCCUCCCGUGUAACCAUUGAGGACCUUUCUCAUGCCACACAACAGCUCGUGGAUGAGCAUGUGGUGGCACCACAACGUGCCGGCAGGGUAGUGGAGAUCACCGAUGAGUUUGUGGAUGCCUUGCAGGAGCUCAUCCUCAGGCUGACACAGGUGAAGACUGAAGGAAGGGUGCCGCUCCGCAAGGCACGAUACCGGGCACUGACACGCCUCUGUGCUGUACAGGAUGUGAUAGAAGGACGCACACAGCAGCAGGCCCUCUCCCUGCCUCUGUCAGGGGACACACAUGAAUCAGUGAACCACAUCAACCAGGUGAUGGUUAAGGUGAGCGUGGCACGCAGUCAGCUAGUGGCCCUGCUAAUGGGCUUGAGUGGGAGAGAUAGCUGUGCCCACUUGUCACGAAUCUUGACGGAGAUGCAGGUCGAGCUGGACGCUUUGGAUGUGUCCGGGAAUGCAGCGAUCCGAAAUUACCGCAAACAGGUGGUGGAGGAGAUAAAUGGCCUGCUGAAACAUCUAGACCUGGAAGGAGAGGGAGAUGACACACGCAGGUAUGACUUGGCCCAGAAUAACUCCAUCCGUGAGAUCGAGGCUGUAAGGGCGCACGUCUCCCACCUGCGAGAGGGCGUCCUGCGGCACUGUGCCGUUGGUGAUCUGAGUUUUAGACCCAAAGCUGAGCUGCAGAGCCUCCUCUUGCACCUGGACCAGGUGGAUACAGCUAAAAACCCCUGCAUCAGAGAAGCCCGCCGCCGUGCCGUGGUGGAGGUUCAGGCCGUCAUGACCUUCCUAGACCUCCGUGAGGCACUGGUGUGCCGUCAUCCAUUCCCCAAUGAGCACCCAUCACAUCGGGCCGUGUGGAUGGUCCUGGGAAGCCUGUCAGAUCUCCAGGCUCAGGUGCUGGGCUUUGAUGGAAAGCGAGUUGAUAGGAGCUACAUGAUGUUGGAGGAGCUGCUGACCAAACAGCUCCUGGCUUUGGAUGCUGUGGACCCACAGGGUGAGGCAACCAAGGUGGCACGAAAGCAGGCAGUGAAGUUUGCCCAGAACAUUCUUAACUACCUUGACAUGAAGACAGACGAGUGGGAGUACUAACUCAAAGACAUCCUGGAUCGGAAUGUGUUGAUAAUGGAAAGGAAGGACUGGUGUGUGUGAGACUGUGUGUAAAUACAAACUGAUACACUGUCAUUCCAUGGGCUGG